AGCAAAAUCUCUACGACUUUCUCCAAAAGAACAAAUUCGCGCCUUUGCCACUGCGCUACAUCAGACCAAUCCUCCAGCAAGUCCUCGUGACCUUGGUCAAGCUCAAGAACCUGGGAAUAAUUCACGCAGACUUAAAACCCGAGAACAUCAUGCUAGUGGAUCCAAUUCGAGAGCCGUUCCGCGUCAAGGUAAUCGAUUUUGGAUCAGCAUCUUACUCCGCAAGAAUAUAUCGAAAUACUUACUUGCAAUCAAGGUACUACCGCGCUCCAGAGAUACUUCUGGGUCUUCCUUACAGCGAAUCGAUAGACAUGUGGUCGUUAGGUUGCGUCGUCGCUGAGCUAUUUCUCGGCUGGCCACUCUACCCCGGCCGCUCUGAGUACGACCAAAUCCGGUACAUUAGCCAGACCCAAGGCCUGCCAACAGAGGAGAUGCUGAACAACGCCAGCAAAUCCAGCAAGUUCUUUUACAAAGACAAGAACAGCACGCACCCACUUUGGCGAUUGAAGACUCCUGAGGCUUACGAAGCAGAAACGGGUGUCAAGAAGUCCAAGGAAGCGAGGAAGUUCAUCCUAAAUUGUUUGGACGACAUCACCCAGGUCUACACCACAGUAGGCUUGGAAGCGAGCCAGUUGCUAGCAGAGACUGCUGAUAGGCGAGAAUUCCUUGUUCUUCUGAAGAAGAUGCUCGCUAUGGAUCAGCAACAUCGUGUGAAGCCUGAAGAAGCUUUGGUUCAUGCUUUUCUGACCUUAGGACACUUGGUCGAUUACGGCCACUGCAAUAAUGUCAAGGCUUCUUUGCAAGUUAUGGAGAGGUGCAUGAAACAAGGUACUAUGGCGAAUCCACAUCAGUUACUUCCUGCACCCAAAACAUCUCCGACUUCUGUGAUUGUCAAUUUCAUCCCGACUGUUACCCUUACCUUCAACAACCUAUUGGCAGAGCAGCCUGAGCGGCCGGUUAGAGAUCAGAAGUUCAAUUUGUACCAGCUGUUCAACAAUGGCCAAGCUACGCUGUUUUCGCAACCAAUUCAGACAAUUCAGUCGCUAGAACAACCAGCUCAGCAAUACCCAGUUCCUGGAUCAGCAGAAACAAGACCAGUGCUGGUUCCUUAUCCAGUUCAAUCUUGGACUGGAGCUCGGAAAGUUACAGGUUCAUGGCAACAGCCACAGCCUGGAAUGGUUCAACCAGAUGAUAGCUCCAAUUGGCGACAAGUUUGGAACAACGACGUUAGGAGCUUCUCUGUGGUUCAUUCGCCAAAAGCCAAGAGAGCCAGAGAAAGCACUUCUAGUACUUCUAGCUCUGGAAGACACCUACCAACCACUUCAGGACGAUGGCGGACAAUUCAAAGUAGAAGCAGCACCUUUGCUCAACGAUUUAGUGUGGUUCGUGAUGUUCCGUCGCGUGAAAUAACGGUGAUUACAAUCAGUGACAGUGAUGAUGAGCCGGAGAACCUUUCGCAGCCGCCUCGCGUUGUGCAACCUCAACCAAUUCGGCUGAACAGUGUUCAGAGCUCACCUAGAGCUCAGUAUCAGUCGCAAAGCCAGUUGCCAGAUCAGGUAGCUAAUAGUAAGCAUGAACGGCUGCAGUACCCGGCUGAUUAUUCCCAGAAGAAGGUGGAGGUUCCGAGAGUACAGGCUCAGCAAUUCAAUCCUGGACCUAGUGGUUACUUGGCUUCUUCGAGUCAUCCGCCUCUUGCUCUUUCGAGGGAUUAUCAACAGUGGAAUGGACCUAAUUAUAUGUACAGGCAAGAUCAGGUACUGGAUUUAGCAAUAGAUCCAAAUCUUCGGUAUGGUCAUCAUGGACAGACAGGACAUCAGCAAAAUUUUGCUGUUGGUAAUGUUGGAAGUAGUCAAAAUUUUGCUGUUGCUAGAAGUCAUCAAAGCUUUGCUGUUGAGUCAAAUGGAAAUGCUCAUUUGGGACAACCUCAAGAUAAUAUUUAUAUUAUAUCAACCCGACAAGAUUCAUCAGGAAUUCAACAACACAUGCCUAAUUAUUAA